UGUUCAGGAAAUCUGCGAACCCAUGAGAAAUCUCACAAAGGAGAAUACAGGUUUCGAUGUUCGUUUCCAGCUUGCAGUAAAGCUUUCCUUGCAUCCUAUGCAUUAAAGGUUCACAACAGAACUCACACUAAGGAGAAGCCAUUUACAUGUGAUUAUACUAACUGUACAAUGUCAUUUACAACUUUAUAUCGGCUUACAGCGCAUAAAAGACUACAUACAGGUGAAACAUUUAACUGCUCCAGUUAUAAAUGCAGAAAACUGUUUACAACAAUGAGUGAUUUGAAGAAACACACGAGAACUCACACUAAUGAAAAACCGUUUAUCUGCGCUUGUGGACGAAGAUUCACCGUGAGCCAUCAUUUGAAAAAUCAUUUAAAAAGUCAUGCUGCACCGGGAAAAAAGAAAACCAUCGAAAAUGAAGAUAUACUUAACAACGCUUUAGGAAUUCAAUCUCAAAAUACCGAUCAACAAGAAAUUGAUAAAAAACAUGAACAAAGUAAAAUCUCUAAACAUGAAUACAGAAAAAUGUUUUUAAGUGAAAAUACGGAUAUUUCUGGGACAAUAACAGUCUGUAGGCAGUUUGAAGAUGUUCCACAUAAUGCUGCACUUGAAUCAAAUCGGUUUAAGGAGAGUACCGGAUUAGAUUUUCGUCAAUUAAACACAUCUUUAGAAUUUGAUGGAGAGAUUACUCUGGAAAAUCUUGAAAUAAGUGAACCACGGUCAGAUUCUAGGACAGUUAAAGGGGACUGUGACCCCCGAUGGCAGAAUCCAGUCGAGUCUACACUCUAUCAGGAAUUAACUUCAAUGAGUGAUAGUUUAGAAAACCUACAAAACCUACAUUACAACACAGAGGAAUGCCAUUUUGCAACAGAACUACCUGGUGUACUGUAUGACCUACUAACCUCCACCCAGACCAGUGUACUGCCAUUAGAAAACUACACAACGCUAGGAGAUGGUCUAGGUUUGGUUGAGGUUGAAUCUGGAAGGAUAAAUACAACACACAAUGUCUACCAAGCUGCAGUACAGGUUUCUGUACAGGGUGUCCCACUAAAUAUGACAAUACUGUGA